UCGCGCCGUGCUGGAGACGUACAAGUCGGAGGAGUAUGACCUGCUCGGACCGCCCAGGCCGGCGCUGGUGGUGUGCGUGGCUCUUGUCUACACGGUGCUCUACAUGUGUCUGUUCAAGGGCAUUAAGUCAUCAGGACGCGUGGUCUGGAUCACGGCCCUCAUGCCGUACGUCAUCAUCAUCAUCCUGCUGCUGCGAGGCGUGGUGCUACCGGGUGCCGCAGAGGGCGUCAAGUUCUACCUACAGCCCGACCUCAGCCAGCUGUCCAACAUGCAGGUAUGGAAUGAUGCGGCCGUGCAGAUCCUGUUCUCGGUCGGGGCCGGCUUCGGUGUCCACUUGACCUAUGCCAGCUACAACGAGUUCAACAACAACUGCUACAGGGAUUGCCUCAUAGCUACCGGCGUAAACUCGAUGACAUCUUUCAUGUCGGGUUUUGUCAUCUUUAUCUACCUGGGCUUCAUGAGCCACCAGCGAGGCGUGCCGAUACAGCACGUCGCCACUGAAGGGCCGGGCUUGGUGUUCCAGGUGUACCCGGAGGCGAUCGCCACCCUGCCCUACCCUCAGCUCUGGGCCGUCCUCUUCUUCAGCAUGCUCAUCAUGCUCGGCAUCGACAGCGGAAUGGGAGGACUGGAGUGCGUCAUCACCGGCCUGAUGGACGAGUUUGGAGCGCGCUUCAAGAGCUGGCACCUGCACCGGCGUGUGGUGACGCUGUUCGUGGUCGGCUCAUCCUUCCUGGUAGCCCUGACAUCGCUAACGCCGGGCGGUAUAUACGUGUUCACCUGGCUGGACACGUACUCGGCGGGGCUGGCGCUCCUCUGUUCGGCCCUGUUCGAGGCCAUCGCCGUUGGCUGGGUGUACGGCAGCCACGUGCUGGCGCGCGACAUUCAGCAGAUGACGGGCUCCACACCCGGCCUCUUCUGGCGCUGCUGCUGGAAGUUCAUCUCGCCGCUCUUCCUCGGGUCGGUGCUGGUGCUGGGCGUGGUGUUCUCCGGCCCGCUCAGCUACGACGGCUUCGAGUACCCGCUGUGGGCCACGGCACUCGGCUGGACGUACGCGCUGGUGCCGGCGCUCUUCGUCCCGCACUGGAUCACGGCUUGA